GGAUUCAUAGGGGGAUUGUUAUAAUAUGGUGUAAGUUGCUCGGCAUAGAAUCAUGUUGGCUGCUACUUAGAAUCUGAUGCUCAUCUAAGUGAUGAUGUCAGAGUGUGGACAUUUGUGCUGGUUCCAGUUUGGGGUUAUGAAUGAAGUUUCUGUGAACAUUCAUGUAUGCAUCUAUGGGGAUGUAUGUUUUCAUUUCUCUUGAGUAGAUAUUCACCAGUAGAACUGUGGGUCUUGAGUUAACACUGAACCCUCCGGAAGGAAUUGUGGCAGGCCCCAUGAAUGAAGAGAAUUUUUUUGAAUGGGAGGCAUUGAUCAUGCCAAGGCUCUGGGCGCUGUCGUGCAGUGACAUCCUCCAAAACAAAGUAGCUAUUCACUGUGGCUCCCCCCAAAAUAGCAAGGACACAGUUUUCAGAAUCAAGGGGCCCAGAAGACACUUGCUUUGAGUUUGGUGUUUUUCCAGCCAUCCUGAGUUUCCCGCUUGAUUACCCAUUAAGCCCCCCCAAAAUGAGAUUUACCUGUGAGAUGUUUCAUCCCAACAUCUACCCUGAUGGCAGAGUCUGCAUUUCCAUCCUCCAUGCUCCGGGUGACGACCCCAUGGGCUAUGAGAGCAGUGCCGAGAGAUGGAGCCCCGUGCAGAGCGUGGAGAAGAUCCUCCUGUCGGUGGUGAGCAUGCUGGCAGAGCCCAACGACGAGAGCGGGGCUAACGUGGACGCUUCCAAGAUGUGGCGGGACGACCGAGAGCAGUUCUACAAGAUCGCCAAGCAGAUUGUGCAGAAGUCGCUGGGGCUGUAAGCGUGCCCGCGUGUGCGCACACACCACCAAGCAGUUUUCAGUGUUGCUCCUCCAGGACACUUAGUGACGGUGACACUUGGUGCUGGUACCAAAAAAGGAAGCUUGCCAAGCUGCAGCUCUGGUCUUCUUUUCCACCUCUCCCACCCCAAACAGGCUUAGCCUGACAUUGCAUUGAUUUAGGAUACUGACGGUGGGGUGCAGUGUUAGUGUCCCGGCAAGGUGGUUCAGGUAGGGUGGCAAAGCUGUCACCACUACCUCUGCCAGCUGGAGCGCCUGCGCACCCCACAGUUAGUAGCUUCCCUUCCCUCCUAGUGCUGAGGGCGGAUGUGCUGGCCUCCCCAGGCCUGGAGCUCAGGCAAAGGGCGGGCAGCGGCUUGCCCUCUGGCUCCCUGUGCCCAUGGGCAGUGCGGAUGUUUCAUUCUAUUCUACACGCGGGUGUUUUUAUUAUAAUCUAGUUGCAUCUUGUGUGUGUGUGUGUGUGUGUUACAAACUGUCACACUUAGAAAUACUUUCAGGAAAUACUUUUUAAAAAUGUGGAUGAAUGAACAGUGGGGCACAUGGAAAAUGUCACUGCUACCAGCCUGAUGAUCUUUCCCAACCACGUCUGUCAAACAUUACAGUCCUGUCUUAGUUACUAAUGCAGGAAAAUUUGAGACUGAAAGUCUCAGUCACAGUUUCUCCUGGAUCUGCAGCAGUGUGUCUUUCGUCUCAACCCGGGGACUUCUAGGCUUUUGUCCUUUGUGGUUGCAGCAGGGACUCUGACUGUUGGGACAGUUGUUCUUCGCAGCCAGAGUCGGAAGGGGAGGCGUGCCUCUCUCCGAACUUGACUGUGCUGUGGAAGCGAGGCCCGCGGGUCCCGGGCCCAGUGGGCACACACCACUGUUUCCGGACGGUGACUUCGAUGCAGCCGUCUUCUCCAGCAUGGGCGGCCCGGCGGCCGGUCCGGGUGCAUCGCGAGCAAUAUCAGAUCUGUUGCGGCAGAAUCACACGCCCAGCCUGUUUCCCGCAGGUUAAAUUAAAUAGGAAUUUCUAUUUUUGAAAUAAGGGACGGCCUCCAAGACAUAGACUAGAGUUUACUUCGUCCUUUCCUUCCUGUCAGAUGCGCCUGCGCCUCACGUUCCUUCUCCGGUUAACGAGAACUGGCUGAAGGGCUCCGUCCGGGUCUGUGGGGACCCGUUUUCUCCUCAGCAGGGCAUCUUCCAAGCUUUGGAACUCAGCGCAAGGACUUGUCGGGGCGGG